AUGCCGCCGAAGAAGAAGGGAGGCAAGAAGGCCAACGACGAUUGGGAAGCCGAACUCGGCGAGAGCAUCGCACCCGUGUCUACGGCCCCGCCCGCCGACGGUGACGCCAAGAAUGACGACGACGACGAAGGCGGCGGCGGCGGCGGCGGCCUGAUGGCCGUGCUGCGCAAGAACAAGGAGAAGCGCAAGAAGAAGGGCCUCUCCGAGGAGUUUGAGGAUCCCAACGCCACGAACGGCAAUGGCGAUGCCUCAGCUGAGCCUGCUGCCGUGCUGGCCGACAAGGCGCCCGUUGAGGCCACCAUGGACGACGAGUUUGCCCUCCCCGAGAAGAAAGGCAAGGGCGGCAAGGGCAAGCAGGCACCCGCAAAGGCCGAGCCUGCAGACGAGGAUGACGACAACAGCGGCCGCAUACUGACUAAGGCCGAGAAGGAAAAACUCAAGAAAGAACGCGAGAAGCAACGGAAGAAGGAGCAGGCCAGCAAAAAGAAGUCUGAGCCGGCAAAGGCACCAGCUAAGGCCGCACCCGCAGCUGCUGCCGCACCUGUUGCUGCUGCUGCUGCUGCUGCGGUUCCCGCCCCCGAACCUGCCGCGGCCGGUGGCAAGAAAAAGAAGAUCCCUGCACACUUGCUCGCUAUUCAGAAACAGCAGGAGGAGCUCCGUCUCCGCGCAGAAAAGGAGCAGCGUCUCUUGGAACAAGAGAAGGCCCGCAUUGCGGAGCUCGAGCGGCAAGAGGCCGAAGAGGCGAAGCGCAAGGAAGAACAAAGAGCAUUAAAGAAGCAAAAGGAGAAGGAGCGGAUCGAGCAGCUCAAGAGGGAGGGCAAGUACCUUACCAAGGCACAGAAGGAGGCCAAGGCUCGCAACGAGCAGAAGCUCCAGCAGAUGAUGGCUGCGGGCAUCAAGGUAGGCGGUCUGGAUCAGACGGGCGCCGAUGAGGACAAGAAGAAGUCGUCCACAGCGGACCGGAAGCGCAAUGCCGGCCGCAAGGCCAAGGUUGACGAGGAGAAGGUCUUGGCCGAGGCUGCGGAGCGCGCACGCCUGAACGCCGAGAAGCUGGCCAAGGAGGCCGAGGAGCGCGAGAAGGCUGCCAAGAAGAAGGCCAAGGAGGAGGAAAGCAAGGCUGCCGCCACCGCCGAGAGCGAUAUUGACGAUGACUGGGAGACUGCUGCCGCCGCUGCUUCCAAGACGGAGGAUGUCAAGGACAGCUGGGACGCCGACUCGGAUGAGGAAGACAAGAAGUCUCUGCCGGUCCGGCCAAAGAAGAAGAGCGGGGAGGGCGAGGACGACGACGACGACGACGACGACGACGAGAAUGACGACGACGACGACAGCGAUGAGGACAGCGAGGAUGACAGCGACGAAGACACCAGCGAGGACGAGCAGGAAUCGGCCGCCAAGGCUGCCGAGGCGCAGCGCAAGCGUGAGCUGGCCGAGCUGCGCGAGAAGGAGCACCAGGCCGCUCUGGCUGCACGGUCCAAAGACAACCUGCGGUCGCCCAUUUGCUGUAUCAUGGGCCACGUUGACACAGGCAAGACCAAGCUGCUGGACAAGGUCCGCCAGACCAACGUCCAGGAAGGCGAAGCAGGUGGUAUUACUCAGCAGAUCGGUGCUACGUACUUCCCCAUCGAGGCCAUUCGACAAAAGACCCAGGUUGUCAACAAGGACAACUCGUUCGACUUCAAGGUCCCCGGUCUGCUUAUCAUCGACACCCCCGGUCACGAGUCGUUCUCCAACCUCCGUUCCCGUGGUUCGUCGCUGUGUAACAUUGCUAUCCUGGUCGUCGACAUCAUGCACGGUCUGGAGCCCCAGACGCUCGAGUCUAUGCGCAUGCUGCGUGACCGGAAAACGCCCUUUAUUGUCGCCCUCAACAAGAUCGAUCGUCUCUAUGGCUGGAAGAAGGUUGACAACAACGGCUUCCAGGACAGUCUGGCGCUGCAGAACCGAGGCGUCCAGAACGAGUUCGCCAAGCGCCUCGAGCAGACCAAGGUCGCCUUUGCCGAGCAGGGUUUCAACUCGGAGCUCUUCUACGACAACAAGCAAAAGUCCCGUGUCGUGUCGCUGGUGCCCACCUCCGCCCACACAGGCGAGGGUGUCCCUGACAUGCUGAAGCUGCUCGUCCACUUGACCCAGGAACGUAUGGCUGAAUCGCUGAUGUACCUGUCCGAGGUGCAGGCGACCGUGCUCGAAGUCAAGGCCAUCGAGGGCUUCGGUAUGACCAUUGACGUCAUCUUGUCGAACGGUAUCCUGCGUGAGGGUGACCGCAUUAUAUUGUGCGGUGUCGAGGGUGUUAUCAAAACAAAUAUUAGAGCCCUGCUCACACCUGCACCAAUGCGCGAGUUGCGUGUCCGGUCUGCCUACGUGCACAACAAGGAGGUUAAGGCCGCCAUGGGUGUCAAGAUUAGCGCGCCCGGCCUCGAGGGCGCUAUUGCUGGUUCUCGGCUGUUGGUUGUCGGCAAGUACGACGACGAGGACGACCUUGAGGAGGAGGUCGAGUCCGAUCUCGCCUCCGUCUUCAGCCGUGUUGAGAAGUCCGGUCGCGGUGUCAGUGUGCAGGCAUCGACGCUGGGUUCGCUCGAGGCUCUGCUAGACUUUUUGAAGGACUGCAAGAUCCCCGUCGCCAAUGUCGGCAUUGGCCCGGUCUACAAGCGUGAUGUCAUGCAGACCGGUAUCAUGCUGGAAAAGAGCCCCGACUACGCGGUCAUGCUGUGUUUCGAUGUCAAGGUCGACAAGGAGGCUGCCGCCUACGCCGAAGAGCAGGGGGUCAAGAUCUUUACGGCCGACAUUAUCUACCACUUGUUUGACGCCUUCACCAAGCACAUGGCCGUCCUGAGCGAGAAGAAGAAGGAGGAGUCCAAGAUGCUAGCUGUCUUCCCUUGCGUGCUCAACACCGUCGCUGUCUUCAACAAGACGGCCCCUAUUGUCGUGGGUGUCGAUGUUGUCGAGGGCAACCUGCGCAUCAACACGCCGUUGGCCGUCGUCAAGACCAACCCCAACACCAACCAGAAGGAGAUUAUCAGCGUCGGCAGAGUGACCUCCAUUGAGCGCGAACACAAGCAAAUCCAGAUCUGCAAAAAGGGCCAACCGUCUGUGGCCGUUAAGAUCGAGAUGGGUGGCCACCAGCCAGCCUAUGGCCGUCAUCUGGAGGAGUCCGAUACCCUCAUCAGCCAGAUUUCGCGUGCCAGUAUCGACACACUGAAGGAGUUCUACCGUAGCGACGUCUCGGACGACGAGUGGAAGCUGCUGAUCAAGCUGAAACCCGUCUUCAACGUGAUCUAG